AAGGAAAUUAUUUAUUUUUUUUCUUUUUUGGUAACAUAAAAAAAAAAAAAAAAAAGAGGUAACAACUGACGUGAUGCUUAUUUUCAUCCGUACAUUCAAUCACACGAUAAGAUUAAGCGUUAGGCGCAUUUCGCAGUUUGUAUUUACGUUCACGCGCGUUAGCAACCUUAGCCAUCGCCAUUUUCAUUAACUAUCUCCUUGCAUUCAGUUUUACGAGUUCGGCUCGUCCGCCAUCCUACAGUGAAACAGUCGCGCGGGAAAUCAUAUAAAUAUAUACGCGCAUACUUACGUAACUCCUUUGCCGUACGAGUUAGGGAGAAGAUUUUCCCCUGUUCACGCAACAUUUUUCGGGAUCCCGCCCUUUUAUUAACUUGUAUCCCAUCCUCCUCUUUAUUUUCAAAAUGGCGCAACGAGUUCAUUAUCGUAAACACAAUCACUACAACACCAAGUCGAACAAAGUGAGGCCCAUAAGGACGCCCGGGGGCAAGUUAACUAUCCAUGUAGUAAAGAAGAAAGCCGGAAAGCCAAAAUGUGCCGACUGCAAAACGGCCAUUCAGGGGGUUAAGGCCCUGCGACCAGCUGACAACCACCGAGCCAGGAAAAAGGACAGAAAAGUUUCCAGGGCCUAUGGAGGCUCCAUAUGCGCCAAGUGCAUUCGGGAAAGAAUCAUGAGAGCUUUCCUUUUUGAGGAGCAGAAAUGUGUUCGACAAGUAUUGAAGGAAAAGAAGAAACAGGAGAAAAAGGUAAAGAAGGUUAAAAAGGAAAAGAAAAAAUCAACAACCAAGGAUGCAAAGAAGACUACAACUGAUAACAAGAAGGUUAAGAAGGUCGCUGAUAAGCGAAAGGGCAGAUGAAUGAGAAGCGCUUGUCUCCAAGCACUGCC